CUCCCUUCAGUUCGCCAUUUUCUUCCUCUUCACCGGUGAUGAGCGUUCUAUAGGAUUCGUGACUUAACUCCCGCUCUUCGUACCACACUCUUAAAGCCCUGUCAUUGUGGAAGCGUUGUUCAUAGUAACGCGAAUAGUGAGCCUGGGUAUAGUUAGGCUUGUUUACCUCAUUGUCGUUAUUUUGUUUGUGUCCUGAACGUGCAAGAGAAUGUCCGCCGAAAACCCCGAAUACUCCCCCUUCUUUGCAGUGAUGGGUGCUUCAGCAGCAAUGGUCUUCAGUGCACUAGGUGCUGCUUAUGGUACAGCUAAGAGUGGCACAGGCAUUGCUGCCAUGUCUGUGAUGAGGCCAGAGCUGAUCAUGAAGUCCAUCAUCCCCGUGGUAAUGGCAGGCAUCAUUGCCAUCUAUGGCCUGGUGGUUGCUGUUCUCAUUGCCAACAGUAUUUCAGACACCGUCUCACUCUACAAGAGUUUUCUUCACCUAGGUGCUGGGCUCAGUGUGGGCCUGAGUGGCUUGGCUGCUGGCUUUGCCAUCGGCAUUGUGGGAGAUGCAGGCGUCAGGGGCACAGCCCAGCAGCCUCGCCUGUUUGUGGGCAUGAUCCUCAUUCUGAUCUUUGCUGAGGUGCUGGGGUUGUAUGGGCUUAUCGUUGCCCUUAUCCUCUCCACCAAGUAAACUAUGUUAAUAUCAGUAAUAAUGAUUAUAAUAACACAAUCACCCACCCACUACACCAACACAUACAUCCACUUAAUAAAACACAUUGAGUAACUACACCACAAGAACCGAAUAGAGGGGUGUGUGUGUGUGUGUGUGUGUGUGUGUGUGUGUGUGUGUGUGUGUGAGCUCUCCCCUCUGUGUGUAUUAUAGUAACCUAACGUGCGUCUCCUUGUAAAUGCGCUGUGUUCCUGUGUUCUUGUCUUGUUGGUGUAUAGGUAGCUGCCCUUAUCCCUACCGCUACACUUGUUUGUGUUUUUAUUUUAUUCCUUUUUUUUUCUUGUUUGAAGAACAAAUAAUCUUAUUUGUCAUAUAUUUUGGGACCAUAUCUGAUUCUAACACUGAUGUUGAGGACCUAACUGUAAAAAAAAAAAAGAAAAAAAAGCAUUUUGAUUAUUUAUGAAGAUUUUGAAGUGUUCAUGAAACUGCUUAAAUUGAUUAAAGUCUUUAUUGAAAUCCCAAUGAUCUAUAUAUAAAUACAUGUAUCAAAAUAUAUAUCUGUAUAGGUAGGUGAAUUGCACUGUGGGUAAAUUGUGCUUGGAGUUGCUCUGGAUGUAAUCACUGGUUACCAUAGAGUUUUGUUUGUCUGUAUCAAGAUAUUGGUGUGGAAGUUUACAGAGUGUGCGAUUGCGAGUAUGCACACGUAUGUGUGUGCGUGAAUGUGUACGUUUUAAUUCUAAGGUGAUAUCCUUUUGGACAUGUGUAGCGUUAUACCUGUAGUUACUACUGUUACUGGUUGCAAUGAUGGGCAAACACCAGCCCAGCCCGUCCUGUUUCCAAAUAAAACUUCAACUUCCUCCUU